CUCAAAGCAAAUUUCAUUUUAAGAUACUUGUCAUGGCUUCUCGCGGCUUCAUCCUCCUUCAGAUCUCUCUGUUGUUGACUGUUGCAACCACAGCUUUCUCACUGUCUCCGUAUUACUAUAAAAAUAUUUGUCCCGAAGCUUUGCCAACGAUCAAGAAAUUAGUGGAGGCUGCAGUGUAUAAAGAGCGGCGGAUGGGAGCUUCUUUACUUCGUCUUCACUUCCACGACUGCUUUGUUAAUGGAUGUGAUGCUUCGAUUCUUCUGGAUCCUACACCCAACAUUGACAGUGAAAAGAAUGCUGUUGCCAAUAACAAUUCUGCAAGAGGAUUUGAAGUGAUCGACCAAAUUAAGGCAGAGGUGGACAAGGUUUGCGGACACCCUGUGGUCUCUUGUGCAGAUAUCUUAGCCGUGGCAGCUCGAGAUUCCGUAGUUGCACUAGGAGGACCAUCAUGGAAGGUGCGGCUUGGGAGGAGAGACUCAACCACCGCGAGUCGGACACAAGCGAACCUCGACAUCCCAUCCCCAUUCAUGGACCUCCCUGCAUUAAUCAACAAUUUCAAGAAUCAAGGUCUGAACCAGAGAGAUCUUGUGGCUCUCUCUGGCGGCCACACCAUUGGGUUUGCACAAUGUUUUACCUUUCGUAACAGAAUUUAUAAUGCAACAAACAUCGACCCUGCCUUUGCAAAAGAACGAAGAGUAACCUGCCGACGAACUGGAGAAAACACUAACCUUGCUCCCCUAGACCCCACACCUGCAUUCUUUGACACUGCAUACUUCAACAACUUGGUGAAGCAGAGGGGGCUACUGAUCUCAGAUCAGGAACUUUUCAAUGGCGGCUCCACUGAUAAUCUUGUAAAGACUUACAGCUUGUACCCUGAAGCUUUUUGGAAGGAUUUUGCAAAGUCUAUGAUUAAGAUGGGGAACAUUAAGCCUUUGACUGGGAACCAGGGACAAAUUCGUGUCAACUGCAGGAAGGUGAAUUAUUAAACAGGAGCAACUGUUGCGGUCCACUACAUUUUCAAGAAAUUAUUUUGAUCAUUUUUGCUCCAACUGUCGUGAAAUAAGAGUUUUUCAUAGCACCUGAAACAAAUAAUGUGACAGGCCUUAGUUGUU